AUGGAGAAACACCAGGACUCUAGUUUUACAGUAUCACCGGCUCAAAGCAGGAGGGACGAGGCUAAAAAGAUAUCUGAUGCCCAAUUUGCUGACGACAUAGUUAUGGUGACAAACGCAGCGAGGGAGGCAGAGGAGUUGAUGCAAGACAUGGACACUAUGUCGAUGAGUGUGGGACUGAAUAUGAAUGAGAUUAAGACGAAGUAUCUAUUAGAGAACAUUAAGAAGCCAGAGAAGAUUAUGAAUGUAGGCGGGAAGCCACCAGAGUUGGUUGAGGACUUCCUAUAUCUGGGAGCAAAGAUUGGGAACACAGUGGGUGAUAUAGUUGAGAGGAAGAGCAAAGCCUGGGUGGCAUGCCGCAGUUUGAGAUCUAUAUGGAAGUCAGACCUUCCUACCGAUGCUAUGGCUACCCAUAUGUCUACAGAUGAUGUUAAAUUGAUGGAUGGCUUAAAUCUAUUACGCAAGCAAAGGGACAGUUCUCCCAACAGGCUUCCAUACAAUCUCCGUCGACCAAAUUUAGCCCAGAAAACAAUCGAUCAACCAGGAAUUAAUACAGAAAACACUAACAUCCGUCCCCGUCUCGCACAGUAG